AUGGCUGCAGUCUUCAGAGACUUUGUUGGAGGUACAUACUACUAUACUCACAACUCCAGAGGCAAAACACCUGGAUCUGAUAUGAAAAAUGAACCAACAACUUCAGGGAUGCCAGUGUUAUCCAUGACAUCUUCAUGGAUCUCUAACAGAUCAAGACAAUGUGGCCCUAAGACAGAGACCCUGCAUUUUGCAGAUGUAACUUGCAAAUCAUCAAAUACCCCAGCAGUGGUGCCAGAGACCAAAACUGUAGCAACCGCCAAGCCACAAGCUGACACUGCAGUUGUGCAACAUGAUCAGGUUUUGGGUAUCACACAUGUUAUCACUGCAAGACCAGAUGGGUGCCAUGAGCAACUCAUAGAUGCUCUUCAGCAGGUCUGGGUGGAACCUGUAUGCUUUAUCAAUGUCUCUGCUGAUGAUCAUGUGCAUAUUUUGGAGCACAUGGAUGCUCUCACAUUUUCUAACUAUCACACAAAGAUGUCAUAUUUUUCUCACAGGAUGAUUCUCAUCAUAUACUCUCCGCACCCUGUCCAUGAACAAACCAUCAUGAAGCCUACAACCGCGAUAGCUGCUGAGACUCAACUUCUCUGGAUGGUCGAAUCCAGAUUCACUCAGUCUUGGGUUGCCAUCAUGACAAAAAUGGGGGAUAUUCUUCUAUUGCACAAAGAACUCCUCCUCAUUCUUAUGAUCUUGGUCAAAGAAAGGAAGAAAUAUGUCUCCCCUGCAGCAAACUCUGUUACUUGGAACCAGACACGUGAAGAGGGAUCAGUGCAGACUUACAGUGACUUCACUCCUGAAUGCACUGCCAAAAAGUUAUUUGGGCCAGUAGUAGCAAUGGGGCAUGAGUGGAUUGACAUUGAGUCUGUUGAAUAUUUUGUAUGGGUGAAGUCUGGGGAUCAGUGUAUUGAUUUGACUGCUGCUCCCAUGGCGCAUGGCACGAGUCUAAUGUUGCAAUCAUAA